AUGACGUGUGACUUGAUAAUGACACCCUGGUUGGAGGACUUUCAAUAUUUCCAGGAUGGAGACAUUGUUAUUGGAGGAGUGUUAAGUGUGAAUGUUUAUCUUUCUCAUAAUUUCAUAAUGCCUUAUAUAGCUGAUCGUAUGCUGUGUGCUAAACCAGUUGCUCUCAAGUAUAAAAACCUCUUGACCUUCCUUCUUGCUAUUGAAGAAAUUAACUACGAUCCACAUAUUCUCCCUAAUAUCACUCUGGGAUAUCAUGUGUAUGAUUCAUGCUCCAAUGAAAUGAAGGCUGUGAAGAGUGUCCUACAGAUCUUAUCUGGACCAGGAAAGCCUGUUCCUAAUUACUCCUGCACUGAAGGAGGGAAGCUUGCUGGGGUUAUUGGAGAUCAGAAUUCUAUUACAACUAUACCAAUAGCCCAAAUACUGGGGCUUUAUGGAUACUCACAAUUGAUUUCCUCCUGGGACAGACAUAACCACAUUUCUGAAAUAAUGAGUGAAAGAGUGAUAUCAUCAUCAAGAGAUUCCUCACCAUCACUACCACCAGACAUUGCAGAAACCAUUUUGAUAAGCUAUGGUGCAACCAGUUUGAUUCUAAGUGACAGGAAUGUUUACCCAACUUUUUUCCGGACUCUACAAAAUAAUCAAGCUAACUAUCAUGUGUUAUCCAAGCUACUGAAAUACUUUGGAUGGACCUGGGUUGGAAUUUUUGCUUCUGAUGAUGACAUGGGUGAGGAAGAAACACAGGUUUUAAAAAAUAAUUUGAUAACUGAUGGGAUCUGUGUGCCCUUUACAAUAAAAGUCAAAUCAUCUAGUCAUCUUAGUAUUGAUAAAAGACAAUAUGAUACUAUUAAAAACUCUGGAACCCAGGUUAUUGUUAUUACUGGAUCACUGUCUUUGGCUACGAUUCGUAUCUCGGAUAUUCCUAAUGUUCACUAUGAUGGACACACUCCUCAUAUGAAUAGGGCAGUACAAGCCAUGAUCAAAGCUUUACAUAAUAUGCACUUGUCCCUGAAUAUCCACUCUAAUGAAAAUAAUGCUCAAAUCUACAAAUACAAGUAUCAGCUGCAUCACUAUUUAAGACAAUUAGAUGUUAUGGAUAAAACUGGUUUACACCGAUUGUUUAACAACAAAGGAGAAACUGUCUCUGGGUAUCGCAUUAUGAAUUGGAAAAGUUUCACAAAUGGUUCCACCAGGAUAGAGAAAGUUGGAUCCUUUGACCCAUGGGCGCCUAGUGAUCAGCAGCUUUCAAUGGAAACAAAUCUAAUAACAUGGAAGAAUGAUCAGAUUCCAAUUUCUCGAUGCUCUGAAACCUGCCAGCCCGGAAGCAGAAAGGUUCUGAUUUCACAAAUACACAGCUGUUGUUAUAAAUGUGUUCAAUGUGCAGAGGGAGAGAUCUCCAAUAUAUCUGAUAGUAAAAGUUGCUUGAAAUGCCCAGACACUGAAUGGCCCAAUAAGAAGAGAGAUAAAUGCAUUCCUAAGCAGAUAGAAUUUCUGUCUAUCUCCGGUGACUGGAUCGCUAUGGUGUUGGUGGCAUUGUCAGUUCUAUUCUGUCUUAUAACUGCUGCAAUAUUUAUAAUAUUUACAUCAUAUCGAGAUACAGCUAUUGUUAAAGCAAAUAACCAAAAUCUCAGCUACAUUCUCCUCGUCUCCAUCAUGAUGAGCUUCCUCUGUGUUUUUAUGUUCUUUGGUCAUCCUUCUGAUGUAAUCUGCAUGCUCCGUCAGACCUGUGUCGGAGUCAUCUAUUCAAUAGCCAUGUCUUCUAUAUUGGCCAAGACGAUCAUAGUGUGCAUCGCUUUCAAAGCCUCAAAACCUGGCAGUAUAUGGAAAAAAUGGUUUGGACCCAAACUGCAGAAUUCUGUAGUCUUGUUGUGCUCAUCUUUUCAAGUUAUAAUAUGUCUUAUAUGGCUGGGGAUUUCUCCACCCUAUCAGGAGGCGAAUAUGCACUCUUACCAGGAAAAGAUCAUAAUUCAAUGUAAUGAAGGACUGGUCACUGCUUUCUAUUUUGUUUUGGGCUACAUGGGAAUUUUGGCUGCUAUGAGUUUUAUUCUGGCUUUCAUGGUGAGGACAUUACCAGACAGUUUUAAUGAGGCCAAGUACAUCACCUUCAGCAUGCUGGUCUUCUGCAGUGUUUGGAUUGCAAUGAUUCCGGCCUAUCUGAGCACCAAAGGGAAGAGCAUUGUGGCUGUACAGAUUUUUGCCAUAUUGACCUCAAGUGCUGGACUUUUAGGAUUUAUAUUUUUCCCAAAAUGUUACAUUAUUUUAUGGAAAACUGAAUUAAAUACAAGAACACAUUUAAUUGAAAAAAGAAAGAGUAUUUAUAAAUAA